CCUGGUCCAGGAAAUCAGGGCAAGGCAGACUAUAUAGGAGGUGACUUGGAACGAAAAAACGGUGCACCCGCAGAAGCCGGGACAAUGGCGAGCCGGAUCCUGUUGAUGCUUGGCCUUGCCGUGGCAGCCACAGCUUUGUCGCCUACACAAGAGGAGCUCAGCUACAAGGAAGCCGUUUCCUUGGCUAUCGACCUCUACAACCAAGAGCCAGGGGUGGCGCGGGCCUUCCGACUCCUGGAAGCCAAACCCCAGCCGGAGUGGGACCCCUCGAUCCAGUCCCUCCAGAAGCUGGAGUUCACCGUGCAGGAGACCACAUGCCCCCCCUCGGACCUGAACCUGGACAGGUGUGAUUUCAAGGGCGAUGGGGUGGUGAAGGAAUGUCACGGGACCAUCAUUUCUGAGCAGGGGGCUCCCGUCGUCCAGUACCUUUGUGAAACAGCAGGCGAGGGGCUCAUCCGUAUCAGGAGGGACAUUCGGAAAGGGAAAAAGAUAAAGGAUCGAGGAAAUUGCAACGGGACCUGUCAGGGGAAGCCGCUGCCUGGAGGCGGGUCUUCCAUUGCAAACGUGCCUGGAGGCGGGGGGCAUACUGCAUGAACAACCUGAAUGGGCAGUGCCAAGGAGGCGGAGUCGAUGCCCCGGGGAGGCUCACGGAGCAGGCCGAGGGACUCCCAGCAGAGUCUCCGUUUCUUACCGCCAGGGCUAUUUUUGGGCAGGAACGCACAGGAACGGAGUUCCGGCUGGCUCCCGAGCUGGCCA